CGUGGCUUCCCCAAACUGGGCGUGGCCUGGGAGUAGUCAUGAGGCAGUGCUGGUAGACCGGGCUGUUUGCAAAGAGAGAAGGCGGAGGGCUCUUGCGAAUCAAUAAAAAAUGGCAGAAGAGGAACUCCGAGCCAUUAUACAAAGAUGUCAAAUUUUAGACGAAGCAGAUUUCAAAGGGGAAGACUUUAAUCUCUUCCAAGUUGCAGGGCAGAAGUGCUUGGAAGAAGGGUAUAUAUCUGAAGUACUGGAAGUUGUCCAAAAUGAGAAAAAUGUGGUAAUUGUUAAAAGCAUGGGCUGGAAUCUGAUUGGACCUUUGAUCAGAAGCAUACUAAAGCACAAACAAGAUGAAAUUGAGAGAAAACAAUGCCUGACAAUGCUAGAAAGGUUGAUACAGGUUUGCAGUCCAAAAGAACUUCUACUGGGUUUUCUGGAGCAGAUUGAACAAGCUUCUCAAGAAAAUGUGUCCCAAACUAUCUUGAUUUUGCUUGACCCCUUGCAUGAAGUGCUUCUGAAACUUGGUAAUAAGAAAGCAUAUUCAGUGGGUUUGUCGCUGUCGACCAUUUUGGACCAGCUCUCACUUCUGCCAGUUCCUUACACAAAACAUCAACUAGAAGAAGAUGAACAUGGUCUUUGCCGGUGCUGUACUGCUUUACCAUGUUUCGUUAGACCUUUUGUAGAUGAGGUUGUCCAACACUUGGAGGACUCAUCGAAUAGAGGUUGCAGAGAGCUGAAGGAGGAGUUGCUAGCAUUUUGCCUGAAAAGCAUAAAAUAUCCCCUGUUGGUGGCAGAGCUUGAUCAUGUGCCUGAAGAAACAGCUGAGAAUCCCUUUAGGCAAUUUGCUGCUGAUAUACUAGACAUUUUGCAGGACAUUAGAGAAUUGUUUCCAAAAGUGUUCUCUCAGCAUGGAUGUAGAAAUGAAAGCUGGGAUGAUGAAGAAUUAACAAAAAUAGACCACGAACAGCAUGCAGAUUCUUUGGCAUGUUUGUCUUACUUGAUAUUUGUUCAGAACUGCUUUGGCCUUAACUGCUUUCCAACAAUUUUUGACCCAUCCUACAUUCUGCAGUGCAACAUGGUUCACAUUAAAGUUCUGCUGAACAAAAAAGAAGAACCUGUUUUAUCAAAAGGACUUGCUCUGUUGGAGAAUUGUCUGUUGAGGCUGGAAAAUGAUAGCCUUCACACGGAGCGCUUGGACUUCAAAGUCUUUGUUGCAACAUCUGAGGAUUUGGUAAAAGUUGCUACAAUGUGCCCUUUUGAACCCUUGAGAAAAAAGAGUUUAAAGGUUUUGCAGCUGUAUAUUGACAAGUUUGAAGAAGAAGGAAAAUAUAUAUUGUUCAGGUGUUUGUUGCAAAGUAGUAAUCAUUCUGGCAUGGAAGCAUACAUCAUUCAGAACAUUAAAAAUCAGAUUGAUUUAGCCUUACAGAAACCAGAAGGCAGCAGUUUUUUUCUUGGGAACACACUGAUCAAACUACUAGACAAUGUGUUACUUCUUCCAGAAGGUGCUUCAACGGAUCUUCUCCAAAACUCAGACAGGAUUAUGGCAGCACUAAAUCUUCUACGAUAUUUAUUCAUUAAGGAUAAGGAAUAUGAAAAUCGAACCUCUUUGUGGAAAGAACUUUACAAGAUUCAACAGACAUUCUUGAAGCCCUUAUAUACUGCACUUUUUCUAUCAAAACAACACUAUAAAGCAGAAAUAAAACGUCGAAGAGAAAACAAAGGAGAGUCUUCCACUUCUGCGACAUCCACAUCUAUAACAGUAGGCGGGAAAAAGAUGUCUAAACUGACAUCUCAAAUGGAGCUUCAGGUACUUCACUCAGCGCUUGUUACUUUUGAUUUAAUCGAAAGCAUUCUGGCCAGAGUCGAAGAACUCACAGAUACUUUUUCCUACUAAAUUUCUGGGAUCAAAUAAAGCACUUUGUCUCCCUUGCUCUAAAUUUUCACAUCAUGCACUGUAUUUAUAUUUCUGACACUGUGAUUUAAAUUUGUAUUUCUGGCACUGUGAUUCGAAAAUAUAAAUGUAAAUGUUAUAUAUAUCCUGAGUGGUGAAUGUAUAGGCUGCUGAAAAGAAGUCCAAGGAAUAGAAUGUAUUUAAAAACCCUUUGGGUUUAAGCUUGUAUUUAGCAUACCUGUUAAAUACACAGUGUGUCUCAGACUCUGCUGAACCAGACUACAUUUUAGUGAUCUGAACUAUUCUUUUCACUGCCAGGAGUAUGCAUAACCAGAGUGUGAGGAACAUAAUAAGCUUUAUGUGAUGUAGCAUAAUACAUGUAAAUCAAUGUAACUACAAAUGGAAGUGGGAAAAUAUCCUGGAAGGUUCACAUAGUUAUAGUCAGUAUGCUGGGCCCAGAUUUCUUGUUACACAAGCUAGCGAAAGUGGAGGAAGCAGUCUUUGCUAAUCUCUUCUGCUCCCUGAAAAUCUGUUCCAGAUGGUUGUGGGGCCCCUCUAUAGUAGCAUGGGACAACAGUAUAGGAAAAGGAAGAAUGAGUAAAAUGCCCUUUUCAAUUGGAUCUCUUCUGAUGGAUUUUCCAUCGGCUUCAUGAGUGUAAAAAGUCCUUCUGUUCCCAGAAUAGUUGGUCUGACCAAAUCCUGUAGAAUCAAUCUGCAGUGCAGAGAAAAGAGCUUACAAGAGUUAUCACAGUUUUUAAUACUGCACCUGAAUAGUUCAGUAUUAAAUGGUUCACUUUCAUGUA